AUGUCAGGAUUCUUAUUCUUGAUGUCUAUGGGUUGGAUCAUGAGGAAGACAACAACAGACGAGAGAAGAGGGAUACGGUGGAAUUUAACAACAGUGUCAGAGGAUCUUGAUUUUGCGGAUGACAUCGCUCUACUUUCAUCCAAGUUUAAAGACUUGGGUGUAAAGACAAGGAGAUUGACGGAGGAAGCAGCCAUUGUAGACAGGGAAGGUGGAGACGGUGAAGAUAUAAGAAACAGACCGCAGAAAGCACGCGGUGCAUUCCAGAGGCCAUGGAAGGUGUGGGCAACCAGAGGAAUAAGAGGGAGAACCAAGAUACGCCUAUUCAAGACUUAGUCGAAUCGGUCCUGUUAUAUAGUCGUGAAACAUGGAAGAUCACAAAGACCGGUGGAGGAAAACUGAACAGUUUCUAACGCCAAUGCCUAACACGGAAACUGAUGAUCAGA